AUUACGGAUCUAUUUGAUGACUACACAGUUAUAACUGAUUGCUGAUGAAAUCUUCUGUUACGAUGUAUGUAUGGAAAUUGAAGAAGGACAGAAUGCAUGGCAGUUUAUAAACACUGAGGCAAUCAUGACCGUAAUAAAAUAUAUCUUGCUCUUAACAGAGAUUUUAUUGCUUAUACUGAAAUUUUUAUAUUAUAUUUUCCACGAUAUAUACACAUUAAUAAGACCAAUAAAGAAAAAGAGCGUAGCUAAUGAAAUCGUUUUGAUAACGGGCGCAGGUCAUGGUAUCGGAAAGGAAUUAGCGAUUGGUUAUGCUUCGUUAGGAGCAACAGUAGUAUGUUGGGAUAUCAAUGAAGAAAAUAACAAUGAAACAAUGAACGAUAUUAAAAAAAAAGGAAAUGACUCUGUGUAUGCGUAUCGAUGUAAUGUAGCAGAUGAAAAAGAAGUUUUCAGAAUAGCCAAAAAAGUAAAAGAAGAAGUAGGUGACGUAACUAUCUUAAUUAACAAUGCCGGCAUAGUGUUUAUGAAAUCUUUUCUGAAUCAAAGUCCUGAUGAAAUUACACAUGGCAUAAACGUCAACGUGAUAGCGCAUUAUUGGACAUUGAAAGCAUUCUUACCUAGUAUGAUCGAAAAGAAUCACGGUCAUAUUGUGUCGGUUUCAUCUAUAGCAGCAUUUUUUAGUGUACAUUAUGGGACAGUUUACUGCCCUACAAAAUCCGCAGUUCCAGGUAAUUCAUUCCUUAUUGAAUGA